AUGUUAAUCUUCUCCUUCUUCAAGACCCUUACCGACCAAGUGAUCACCAUUGAGCUGAAGAAUGACUUGUCAAUAACCGGGACCUUGAAGUCCGUCGACCAAUAUCUCAACAUCCGAUUAGAUAACAUCAGCGUGGAAGACCCCGAAAAACACCCUCACAUGCUGGCUGUCAAGAACUGUUUCAUUCGAGGUUCCGUCGUGCGAUACGUGAAGAUGGCCGCGAGAUCAGUUGACACGACGCUCCUGGAGGAUGCUACCAGGCGAGAGGCGAAGGAGAGCAGGAAGUGA